UCAGCAAAAUAACUGUACCUCGGUAAAGACCUCAUUGGUGACAGUAAACCCUAGCACAAGAGAUAAAGAAUCCUGAUUGUCGGAGCCCGGUUUAUAUAUGACCGGAAAUCGUGCACAGACCAUUUCCCAAUCAAGAGUCAGCGCACGGGCCAUUGCCUAUUCGGGCGACGAUGAAUCACGAUGAUGUGCGCAAAAAAUUCGUUUGGUGGCGAAAUCCAUAUCUGAUCUUCCUUAUGCUCAUCACCUUGACUCCGGCACUGGUUCUUUUCGAAACGGUUACCUCAGAUCCGUAGCAUGACUCGGUUUGACGAUCUUAUUUCACAAUCCUACUUGAUCGUUCCAUCGUUCACGUUCGAAUGUGGUACAGAGCUGCAGGAUGUGCCCGUGGCGUACAAGACUUGGGGAAGCCUGAAUGAGGCAAAAGAUAAUGUUAUGAUUAUUUGCCAUGCAUUCACCGGGAGUGCAGAUGUAGAAGACUGGUGGGGACCCUUAAUGGGUUCGGGAAAAGCUUUCGAUCCGAAACGAUUCUUUAUUUUAUGCGCCAAUGUCAUAGGAUCUCCUUAUGGCACGGUUUCGCCUAUAUCGACCAAUCCCAAGACGGGGAAGCCGUACGGACCGGAAUUCCCUGCAUCGACUAUACGGGACGAUGUUCGGCUACAUAAACAUGUCUUAGACCACCUAGGCGUAACCUCUGUCGCUGUAGUCAUUGGUGGAUCCAUGGGGGGCAUGGCCGUGCUCGAAUGGCCCUUGUGCACCCCUCCGAAUUAUAUCCGUCAUGUUAUCCCUCUGGCCACCUCUGCCCGUCACUCUGCCUGGUGCAUCAGCUGGGGGGAAGCCCAGCGUCAAUCUAUCUACAGCGACCCGCACUACGAUGACGGCUAUUACGCCUCUCAGCCAGCUUCCGGACUCGCAGCAGCACGCAUGGCAGCCUUGCUCACCUAUCGUUCGAGAGACUCCUUCGAGAGCCGUUUCGGGAGGAAAUACCAGCUGACACACGAUUCACGCCCACAAUCGCCUGACCCGGUAUCAGCGCACAACGAUGGCCAUCGAAAUUCACGUAAUGGAGCCCCGUCACCACCUCCGAAUAUCUUUUCGGCACAAAGUUACUUGCGAUAUCAAGGGGACAAGUUCACCGCGCGUUUCGAUGCGAACUGUUACAUUCACAUCACGCGCAAGAUGGAUACGCAUGAUUUGUCGCGGGGAAGGGAGACGCUCGCGCGAGUACUUUCUACCUUGCCGCCACGCGCGCUGGUGAUUGGGGUGGAAACGGAUGGUCUGUUCACCACGACGGAGCAGCGUGAGAUUGCCGCACAUAUUCCCGAGGCGGAGCUGGUCAUUAUUCCCUCGCCGGACGGGCAUGACGGGUUUCUCCUGGAAUUUGAGGCGAUUAACAGACACGUGUUAGCCUUUUUGAAGAGAGAGUUCCCGGAAGUGUAUGCACGGGAGGUAGAAGAGGAAGAAGAACAAGACGGAAGGUUCGAGGUGAAGAAAACGAGUCUAUUUGGAGAGGCUGAAGACGUCGUGGAUAUUACAAAGUGGUAGAAGAUGAGGUUAGUAUUCUGUAUCGUACCCUCUUCAAAGUUUAAAUUGUUUAGAUGGUUGACAUGUUAUACGGUAGCGACUAAAGCUCGAUAGUUUUCACUGUGCUCCCAGCGCAGUGUUAUGUUGAAAACCUUCCUUAGUUAAAAGAUAUAGAGUUAAGAAGGGUAAUUGUAAGUAGUCAGGAUGUAUUCUUUCAUGCUUCAGAAGUUGGAAGUAUGCGACGCGUGCGUAGGCGUCUAAUGGCUGACAAGCAGGCAAUGUCGGCUUUACCACAUCAGGAAAUCUGUAAACCUAUAUUGGUCCCGGAUGAGAAAAUGUCCGUCAUCGAUGACGUAUGAUACAUUCCCGUCAUGAAGGCGAAUAUAAAGGAGCGCCUCUUCAUUCAAUGUACUCGUC